UAAAAUGUCAUUUUGCAAUAAUAUUCAAAUUAAUUCACAAUGUUUAAAAUGAGCACAAAUACUCGAAAAGGUCCCAUAUUCGAUCCCGGUGUGUGUAGAUGUUGUGGUGCUAUUAAAAAGUGUCGCCUUUUGAAUGUGGAAUACGAAUGGCAAGGACGAAAAGAGAUAUAUUCGGAUAUGUUUGUAGAUUGUUUUGGUUUGCUGCUAUCACACUUGGACGGAGAAGCCGAGGAACAUUUAAUAUGCGCGACGUGUGUGUCUCGGCUGCGGGAGGCGAGUUGCUUUCGCCAGCAAGUUCUUCAGUGUGAAGAAAAGUUGUUGAGAACGAAAAUUCACGAUGAAGGUGAUCCGAACGAUGUUAAAAUUGAAACAAGUGUCAAAGAAGAGAUCAACAUUAACCUUGAACUUGAUUAUCCAGAUGAUACAGACCAUAUCGAUAUCGAUACUGAAGAAAUGAAAGUCGAACCAGUGAACAAACACAAGAGGAAACUGAGGCAGAAGUUGAAGUCUAAUAAAAAACGGAAAGAGGAGAAAAAAGAAGACGAACUGACGAAAGAAAUGCUGUACAAUGCUCAGAGGCUUAACGAUAAGUUGAAAGAAAUGCAAGAUUUGGAAUUGCCAGAUAAGUCCACACAAUCACAUAAACUGAACGGUUACAAGACGAACGAAAAUGCAAAAUCGUUCCACAAUAUAGUGACAAUCGUUGAGAACUCGUACGCUUGCCCGUUCGACACAUCGUUCAGUGAUUACUUCUGCGUUUAUUGCCGACAAGUCUUCACCGAUCCCAACAAACUGCGAGAACAUUCUAUGACUCACGAUCCUACUACUUUCAAAGAUGUCUUGUCCAAUAGUUCUAGUAACAAAAAAGUCCAAAUCGAUACUUUUAGAAUAGACUGUCGUAACUGCUCUGAGAACAUACAACACUUAGAACAGUUCAAAGAACACAUAACCAAUUGCCAUGCGAAGCUAUACUACUCCGACUCCAAUGAAUUCUUGAAGUUCCGACUCACAUCCGGUUCGUUGAGUUGCACGGAAUGCGGUGCUAGUUUUAGUUUUUUCCACGCUUUAAAGAAACAUAUGGCCGAACAUUUCGGUACUUGCAUAUGUGAUAUAUGCGGUGCCCAUUAUUUCGAAGAGAGAAUGCUGAUCCUGCACCAGAAAACCCAUCAGCGAGUGGAGGAGAGCUUCGCUUGCAAAGAAUGCGGGAAAUCCUUCAAGUCGAAAUACACGAGAUAUAUUCACAUCGCGCGUACACACAAGAAGGAGGCAGCUUACCAGUGCAAUAAAUGUGAUGAAUUAUUUUUUUCCUACACGUUAAGGUAUCGUCACAUGAUAGAAAUUCAUGGGGAAGAGAGGACGUUUCAGUGCGAACAGUGUGACAGGGCAUAUGAUAGCAGGAAAUCUCUCCGCGAACACAAUAGAAGAUUUCACUUGAAGAUACUAAAACACCAAUGCGACUUGUGUGACAAACGUUUCUACCUACCAUCGAGGCUGAAGGAACACAUGGCGAGUCAUACAGGGGAAAGGAACUUCCGUUGCGAAUACUGUGGAAAGAGUUACCCAAGGUUAAGGGGUUUGAAGGUUCACAUGCAAUCUCACAGCAGCGAGAAGAAAUAUAAAUGUGCUUUGUGUAAUGCGUCGUUCACGCAAAACGUUAAUUUGAAGAAUCACAUCAAAAGACAGCAUCAGGCCAUGGACUUAGAAGAAAAUUAUCACGAGUAGGGAAUAUAUUUGUGUUUUUUUAACGAGAGAAUUUUGUCCUGUUUG